AUGGUCAAAAAAGAUAAGGGCAAGAAGGAAGCCAAGAAGGCCCGCGUAGCAGCGAAACAGGAAAAAGUCGCCAAAAAGACAGAAAAGAAGGCCAAGAACAAGAAGGAUGCCGACGACAGUGAUGCAGAAGACGCCGAUCUGGAUGCGAUUCUGGCAGACUACGCAAAGAAGCAAGAGCAAUUCUUGAAGGUCACCGAAGACUCUGUCACUGGUCCAUCACCCAGAAGUGCUUCCACUUUUCUUGCCUCACCUUCAGAUGGCAGAGAACUCUUCCUUUUCGGAGGCGAACAUUACAAUGGAGCUAUUGCACAUUUCUACAAUGACUUGUAUAUCUACAGAAUCAAUUCGGAUGAAUGGCGCAAGGUAACCAGUCCCAACUCACCUCUGCCUCGCAGCGGACAUGCCAUGUGCAGGGGUGGUAACGCUGGUGGUAUUUACAUGUUUGGAGGAGAAUUCAGUUCGCCGAAACAGGGUACAUUCUACCAUUACAACGAUUUCUGGAAUCUGGAACCAUCGACCAGAGAAUGGACCAAAAUUGAGACCAAGGGGCCAUCUCCUUCCGCUCGAAGUGGUCACCGUAUGGUUGCUUUCAAACGCUACAUCAUCCUGUUCGGAGGCUUCCAAGACACAUCGCAACAGACCAAAUACUUGAAUGAUCUUUACAUCUACGAUUGUCAGACUUUCCAGUGGCAUAUCCCUGUCCUGCCACCCGCUGCCAUGCGUCCUGACCCAAGGUCUUCCUUCUCCUUCCUGCCCCACGACACCGGUGCGGUUUUGUACGGCGGAUACUCCAGAAUCAAGACUUCGACCUCAGCUGGAAAGUCGAAGGGAGGUAGACAGGCUUCGCGCGUCAUCAUGAAGCCUAUGGUUCAUCAGGACACCUGGUUCCUUCGCAUUACACCGCCACCGCCAGAAGCCUCUAUGAACACAUUACCGACAGUGCGUUGGGAGAAGCGAAAGAAGCCAGUCAACUCGCCCAACCCAGCUCGUGCUGGCGCGACCAUGGUGCACCACAAGGGCAGAGGUAUCGCGUUCGGUGGUGUACACGACGUCGAGGAGGAUGAAGAAGGCAUUGACAGCGAGUUCUUUAACCAGCUAUUGGCCUUCAACAUUGACCGCAACCGUUUCUUCCAACUGAGUCUAAGAAAGCCUCGCUCUCAGCCGGCCAAGAAACAAGGCGGCGGAAACGAACGUGGUGGCCGACGCGGAAGAGGAAAGGCUGACGAAGAGGAGUUACUGCGUAACCUUGCUCUGAUUGAAGGCAAGGGCUCAUUGGACGAUGGCGAACUCCCAGUCAAGCGCGAUGACGAUUCUGAUGAUGAGGAUGCCAAGAUUGAGAAGCCAGUGCAAUACGAGAUGCCCCACCCUCGAUUCAAUGCUCAACUUGCGGUACAAGAUGACACUCUUUAUAUCUACGGUGGCACAUUCGAGAAAGGUGAUCGCGAGUUCACAUUCGACGAGAUGCACAGUAUCGAUCUUGGCAAGCUGGACGGUGCCAAAGAGAUCUUCCGUCGUGAGCUCGAAGACUGGCAGGGCAGCGAGGACGAGGACAGCGAGGACGAUGACGAGGAUGAAGAUGAUGACGAAGAUGAGAGUGAGGACGAAACCGCCGGCACUUCUACCCCUGCUACUUCUGUCGCACCCGAAGAGCUGGCCAAGCCUGAAGAUGUGGCCAAGAAGCAAGCAGCAGAGGAUGAAGAGCCCGAGGAAGAGGCCGCCACUGAGAAGUCUGACGGUCUGCCUAGCCCGCGUCCCUUCGAAUCCCUACGUGAAUUCUUCACCCGUACCAAUCACCAGUGGCAAGACAUGAUUCUGGAGGAGCACAAGUUCAAGCACGCAAACCAGAUCACCGAGCGUUCGGUCAAGGAGAUUCGCAAGAGUGCAUUCGAACGCUCUGAGCAGAAAUGGUGGGAUGUCAGAGAAGAGAUGCAAGUCCUGGAAGACGAGCAGGAAGCUGCUGGUAUCGGUGAGGUUGUUUCAAUCGAGUCACGCGGCGAGGGUGGUGGUGCCGGC